AAAUCAAAUGGUUCAAAAAUCCACUAUGGUAUUGGCCGGCAACGUCAAGCACAAGAAAGGGUUGAAAAACACGUUCGAAAGCGAUUUUCGGUCUAUCAGAAUAAUCUGACUCAAAUCUAAAAUGGCCACGGCAGGCGAAUUUGUUCAGGCGGUGGACGACGGGCUGAGGCUCUCGAAGCGCUUGUACUUCGGGAAUGACCGGUACGUGGCUCCUCCGAAGCCGCCUCCGCCGAUGGACAAGUCGGCGACGGCGGAGGCGUCAAGUUCUUGGCUGAUGCCCUCGGCGCCGAUGGUCUACGCGGUGAUCAACGACCCGGCGAUCGUGGACAACCCGGACGUACCGAGCUACCAGCCGUACGUGCACGGCAGGUGCGACCCGUCGGCUCUUAUCCCGCUCCAGAUGAACGGAAUCGAGCUCGAGGCCGAUUGCGUUCUGGACACCGCGUUCGUAAGGGUCAGCGGGUCCUGGAGGGUCCAUUGCGUCAUGGGUAGUCGGAGCUGCGAUUGCCGCGUUGCGGUCCCGAUGGGCGAGCAGGGUUCAGUUCUAGGUGUUGAGGUUGAGGUGCUUAGAAAGUCGUAUCGUACUCAACUCAUUGUGACGGAAGAUGUAGACGAAACGGUGAAAGCAGCUCGAGCUGAAAAUGGGGGCUUUGUAAAGCCCCAUAUAUUUACCUUAACAAUACCAGAGGUCGAUGGGGGUUCCACUCUUUCAAUUAAACUUAGCUGGUCUCAGAAAUUGUUACACUGUGAUGGCGAGUUCUCCUUGAAUAUACCGUUUACUUUUCCUGAGUAUGUCACUCCGGCUGGAAAGAAAAUCGCAAAAAGGGAAAAGAUACGAUUAAACCUGAACGCUGGUACUGGAACUCAAGUCUUGUGCAAGACAAUCAGUCAUCCUUUGAAGGAAACAAGUCGGAAUGUAGGGAAGUUGGGUUUCUUAUACGAAUCAGAAGUUUACUCAUGGUCAAGCACUGACUUUAGUUUCUCGUAUACUGUCUCUUCAAGUCAAAUAUUCGGUGGUGUACUCUUGCAAUCUCCGUCUGUGCUUGAUAUUGAUCAAAGGGAGAUGUUUGGUCUAUAUCUUUUUCCUGGAAAUCAGCAGAGUAGGAAGGUGUUCAGAAAGGAUAUAGUAAUCAUUGUUGAUAUAAGCGGAAGCAUGCGGGGAAAGCCACUUGAUGAUACAAAGAUUGCACUAUCAGCAGCCCUCUCUAAGCUUGAUCCUGAAGAUUCGUUUAGCAUUAUAGCUUUUAAUGGAGAGACAUAUCAGUUUUCAACAUCACUGGAAUUGGCAACCACAGAAGCAAUUGAAAGGGCCAUUCAAUGGAUUAGCAAGAACUUUAUAGCUGGGGGUGCAACAAAUAUUUUACCUCCCCUUAACAUGGCGAUUAAUAUGCUAUCCAAUGUCCAUGGUUCAAUUCCUAUCAUCUUCCUUGUUACUGAUGGGGCUGUUGAGGAUGAGAGACACAUUUGUGAUGCAAUGAAAAAUUGUCUAACAGAUGGAAGACCAAUUUGUCCACGUAUUUACACUUUCGGCAUAGGUGAAUUCUGCAACCAUUAUUUCCUGAGAAUGCUUGCAACAAUUGGCAGGGGCCAAUAUGGUGCUGCGUACGAUAUAGAUUUUCUUGAGUUUCAGAUGCAAAAAUUAUUUACCAGAGCUUUGUCUCCCAUUUUUGCAAAUAUAACUAUUGACAUAUGGGAUGAUCUUGAUGAAGUUGAGGUAUACCCUUCUCAUAUUCCAGAUCUUUCACCUGAGAGUCCAUUGAUUGUAUCUGGUAGAUACCGGGGAAAAUUUCCCGGCACUCUGAAAGCUAAAGGUGUCUUAGCUGAUUUGAGUAAGUUAAUGAUAGACUUGAAGAUAGAAAUGGCUAGAGACAUACCUCUUGACAGGGUAUUUGCGAAAGAACAGAUAGAACUACUUACAGCUCAGGCAUGGUUUUCAGACAAUAAGCAACUUGAGCAAAAGGUUGCAAAAAUGAGCAUACAAACUGCCGUUGUAUCUGAAUAUACCCAUAUGGUCCUACUUGAGACUGAUGGAGGAAAGAUAGCCAAAGAAUCAGUUGGAGUAAAAGAGGUAACAAACAAAAACCAUUCUCUGGAAACGGUAGACUAUAAAUGCCAGAAAAUGAUACUUCUGCGAAGCCUUGGCAUUGGGUUUGGCAACUUCGCUGCAACUGUUGAAAAUAUACCUCCAGGACGCGAAGAACCAAAAUUGCCUGAAGCUGCUGAAAUUUUCGUCAACGCAGCUUCCAACUGCUGCAACAGCAUGUGUAAUCGCUGCUGUUGCAUGUGCUGCAUCCAGAGUUGUUCAAGGAUGAAUAACCAAUGUGCAAUCGCAUUAACGCAACUUUGUACUGCUCUUGCAUGUUUUGCCUGCGUUGAAUGUUGUGCCAAUGUCUGCUGUUCCGGCAGUGAUGGACGAUAGCAAGCCUUUCCCCUCCCCCCCCCCCC